AUGGGGUCGGAUUCAAGGGUUUCCGAAGACCAUGAGGGUACCCAGUCCUCAGAGGAUAAAAGGGUGACCGACUAUCAGUGCUUCCCCCAGUCAACGUACUCGACUAUUAUUUUCGACAUGAUGCACAGGCUCUGUCCCAGCGUGUACCAGAUCAUCUCUGUGGCAUACAAGGAAGACCUUGUCCUUCCCGAUGGAGUAUUGCCUCCUAAGUUUAUCGUCGAGCUGGUCAUAGAUGAGCCGGAGACCUAUCUCAUCAAGGUCCAGGAGGACAUGAGUCCAGUAAUCAAGAACACCUGCAGUGUUCCCGGUCCAGAGGAUCCUCGUCUACUUGAUCCUCACGUCUUCGCCUUCAAAAAUGAACCUGCUGAGAACAUCGAAAGGAAGCCUGGGUAUGGAAAUCUUGCAUGGACUGCUCCAUGGCACAAAGAGCCUGAGCCCGAGCAUCAGAUUCUCCUCUGUGAACUGAUCGUCAAACCAACUGACCCUCCUACUUUCGAUCCUUUCCAGCUGUUCAACUUCCAAUUUGUACGCCCGGUAGUACCCCCAGCGUGA